AAAAAUAAGAAGUAAGAACGAGAGCCAAGUGUCGAGUGUUACCAGUACCAACGUCUCACUCGCGCAACUACCAAUUCUCUCUCUCUCUCUCGCAGCGCCAACACCUCCGCCCCCGUUUGUCUUCUUCUUCUUCUUCUUCUUCUUCUUUGGUGUCCAAUCCGAUCGUACGCUGUUCAAACACGCCACUGAGCUUUGAGCAUCCCUCCCACCAUCAUCAAAUUCCCCAGCCUCUUCUCUCUUCAGGCACGACUUGCUUCUUCGUCCCUCCCUCCUCUCUCGUUCCUUACUUACUGGGUUGAUCAGUCGAGAACUUCCGCAGUCACCUCUGCACCGGCGGCGAACGCCCACUCUCUGUCUCAGUCAUGUCGGGCCCUAAGCUGACUCGGAUCCCCAGCAUGAGAGACCGCGUCGAGGGCACUCUCUCCGCUCAUCGGAACGAGCUCAUCGCUCUUCUCUCCAGGUAUGUGGCUCAGGGGAAGGCGAUAUUGCAACCGCAUCACCUCCUGGACGAGCUCGAGGGUAUCAUCGGCGAUGAUGAGUCGAAGAAGGCUCUCAAGGAUGGCCCUUUCAGCGAGGUCCUCCGAUGCGCGCAGGAAGCCAUCGUAUUGCCUCCUUUUGUGGCAAUUGCGAUCCGUCCGAGGCCUGGCGUUUGGGAAUAUGUCCGUGUUAAUGUUUUUGAGCUCAACGUUGAGCAAUUGACAGUCUCGGAAUAUCUUUGUUUUAAAGAAGAGCUUGUGGAUGGGCAGUCUUCAAAAGGUUUCGUCCUCGAGCUGGACUUUGAGCCAUUCAAUGCAACUUUUCCCCGUCCUAAUCGAUCUUCAUCCAUCGGCAAUGGUGUUCAAUUCCUCAACCGCCACCUUUCUUCAAUCAUGUUUCGGAACAAGGACUGUUUGGAGCCGUUACUUGAUUUCCUUCGGGCGCACAAGUAUAAGGGAUAUACCUUGAUGCUCAAUGAUAGGAUACAGAGCGUUCCGAGGCUUCAGUCCGCUCUGGCAAAGGCAGAGGAUUAUCUUUCUAAACUUCCUCCUGAUGCACCGUUCGCUGAGUUUGAAUAUGUAUUACAAGGUAUGGGAUUUGAGAAAGGUUGGGGUGACACUGCAUCAAGGGUGCUCGAGAUGAUGCACCUUCUCUUGGAUAUCCUACAGGCUCCUGAUCCCGCUACAUUAGAGACAUUUCUUGGAAGGAUCCCUAUGGUGUUCAAUGUGGUCAUUUUGUCUAUACAUGGGUACUUUGGACAAGCAAAUGUGUUGGGAUUGCCUGACACUGGCGGACAGGUUGUUUACAUACUGGAUCAAGUACGGGCUCUUGAAAAUGAAAUGCUCGAGAGAAUACGGAAGCAAGGAUUAGAUAUAACUCCAAGGAUUCUAAUAGUUACUAGGCUAAUACCUGAUGCAAAAGGAACUACGUGCAAUCAACGAAUGGAAAGAGUCAGUGGAACUGAGCACACACACAUUUUACGAGUUCCUUUCAGAUCAGAAAAGGGAAUCUUGCGUCAGUGGAUCUCGAGAUUUGAUAUCUGGCCUUAUCUGGAGACUUUUGCCUCGGAUGCAGCAAAUGAAAUUACUGCCGAGCUACAAGGAAUUCCAGAUUUUAUUAUUGGGAACUAUAGUGAUGGAAAUCUUGUCGCCUCAUUAUUGGCUUCCAAGAUGGGGGUUACACAGUGCACAAUUGCCCAUGCGUUGGAGAAAACAAAGUAUCCAGAUUCAGAUAUCUAUUGGAAAAAAUAUGAUGAGAAGUACCACUUUUCCUGUCAGUUCACUGCUGACCUAUUAGCCAUGAAUAACGCUGAUUUUAUUAUCACCAGUACUUACCAAGAGAUUGCUGGAACGAAAGAUACCGUUGGACAGUAUGAAAGCCACUCUGCUUUCACCCUUCCUGGUCUCUAUCGAGUUGUCCAUGGAAUUGAUGUGUUUGAUCCGAAGUUCAAUAUCGUCUCUCCUGGUGCUGAUAUGUCCAUCUACUUUCCAUAUUCCGAGAAGAGCAAGAGACUUACAGCAUUACAUGGUUCGAUUGAGAAGCUGUUGUAUGACCCUGAACAAAAUGAUGAGCACAUUGGAACAUUGAGUGAUAGGUCGAAGCCCAUGAUAUUUUCGAUGGCUAGGUUAGAUCGUGUUAAAAAUAUAACCGGAUUGGUGGAAUGCUACGCUAAGAACUCUAAGCUGAGGGAGCUGGCAAAUAUUGUUAUCGUUGCUGGUUAUAAUGAUGUGAAGAAGUCCAAAGACAGAGAAGAAAUUGCAGAAAUUGAAAAGAUGCACGACCUUAUGGAGAAAUACAACUUAGAUGGCCAAUUUCGGUGGAUGUCAGCCCAAACAAAUCGUGCUCGCAAUGGCGAGUUAUAUCGAUACAUAGCUGAUUCAAGAGGCAUUUUUGUUCAGCCUGCCUUCUAUGAAGCUUUUGGACUUACAGUCGUUGAAUCCAUGACUUGUGGCCUUCCUACAUUUGCCACCUGUCAUGGUGGUCCUGCGGAGAUAAUCGAGCACGGAAUAUCUGGAUUCCACAUUGAUCCUUACCAUCCUGAUAGAGCUGCCACUCUCAUGGCAGAUUUCUUUCAGCAGUGCAAAGAGGACCCGACUCAGUGGAAUAAAAUAUCUGAUGGCGGGCUUCAGAGGAUCUUCGAAAGAUAUACCUGGAAGAUUUAUUCCGAGAGGUUGAUGACACUUGCUGGUGUCUAUGGCUUCUGGAAGUAUGUUUCAAAGCUCGAGAGACGUGAAAUUCGACGAUACCUUGAGAUGUUCUACAUCCUCAAGUUCCGUCAAUUGGUAAAAUCUGUUCCCUCGGCGACAGACGAGUCACAAUGAAUUGAGACAUCGUGGUAUCGCGAAGCACAAUGCAUUAUGUGGUGAGUUUGCAUGAGAAACUAUGAAUUAGCAGCAAAUGAAUAAAAGUUAAGCUUAAAACCUUGUGCCUGCGGCAGAAUCCGUGUCUGGGGGCGAGCUGGCUUCGCAAAGUCCAUUAUAUAUGGCAGAAAGAAGCACUGAUCUUUCUAUAUGUAUAGUUCAUAUGUGAAGACUGGAUUGAAUGAAACCAUUGCGCAUAUUGUGGAUUAAUUGAGUACCCCAAUGGCUGAUGCUGAUAUUUUAUGCUCCAAAAA